GAGCUGUAGUGCAGGGCGCACUGGUGCGUGCUGGGAGCUGUGACCCUGUUGCACUGGCUGGGCCGUGACGGCAUGGGGGGGACGCAGUCGCUGGCGCUGCCCCUGGGGAAGGGGCCUCACCACGUGGGCUGCACGGAUGUCAUGGUGGGCCAGACACGGCAGGGGCUCUUCCUCCGCCUCUUCUACCCCUGCCUGCCCCGGGCCGGGGCUGAGUGGCCGCUCUGGAUCCCGCGCUAUGAGUACUGCGGCGGGCUGGCCGACUUUGCCCACCGCAGCCGGCACUGGUGCGCACCCCUGCUCAGCAUCACCAUCGGCUCCUGCAGAGUGCCAGUGAGCUGGAACGGGCCUCUCAAGCCCUGUAGCAGUGGGUACCCGCUGAUCAUCUUCUCCCACGGCCUGGGAGCCUUUCGGACCCUGUACUCCUCGGUCUGCUCAGAGCUGGCAUCCUGGGGCUUCGUGGUGGCGGCACUGGAGCACAGGGACCAUUCUGCCUCUGCAACAUAUUUCUGCACGGCAGAAGCUGGGAGAGAGGAGUGGAUCCCCUACCAACGGGUACCCCAAGGGCAGAAGGAGUUUUAUUUCCGAAACAAGCAGGUUCAUCAGAGAGCAGAGGAAUGUGUGCGAGCGCUCCGGCUUUUCAAGGACAUCAGCAGCGGUAAAUCUGUCCCAAACAUCCUUCACCAGGACUUUGAUCUCUCCGUGCUGAAGGACAGCGUUGAUCUGACCAAAGUCGCCGUCAUGGGCCAUUCCUUCGGUGGGGUGACAGCAGUGCUGGCCUUGGUGAAAGAGCCCAGUUUCAGGUGUGCAGUGGCUCUCGACGCCUGGAUGUUCCCCCUGGAGAACGUGCUGUACCCGGAGGUGCCCAAGCCCGUGCUCUUCAUCAACACCGAGAAGUUCCAGACACCAGAAAGCAUUGCCAAAAUGAAGAGGCUGAGCUCCAGGAACAGCCAGACGAAGAUUAUAACCAUCCUGGGAUCCGUGCACCAGAGCCAGACCGACUUCACCUUUCUCACUGGGAAGCUCAACACCCGCAUCUUUGGCGCAAGAGGGACCCUUGACCCCUACAAGGGUCUGGACAUCACCAGCCGGGCGGCUCUGGCCUUCCUGCAAAGGCACCUCAACCUGGAAGAGGAGUUCGAUCGAUGGGACAACCUCCUCGAAGGCAUCGGAGACUCGGUGGUUCCAGAAGCACCAUUCUGCCGCUCCAACCUGUAGCCUGCUCCGAGGUGGCUGGCAGGAGCCAGGUACCAGCAAAGUGGCUGCUUCUUGUCCAAAAUGAGCCAGCUGGGAGCCAGGAAGGGCAGAAGGAUCCAUGGGGAGAGCAGGACCUGAGGUCCGUGCUCCCAGGACAUCUGGUGGCCGGGGUGCUCAGCGAGCGUGCUGGGAGAGCCCUCCCUGCACAGGCACUGCCCGCAGUGAGGGCUGUGGGGCUAAGGGAAUAAAAUCCCCGUGGACAA